AUGCCGCGAGCAAGGUGUCACGCGGCGGCGUCAGCAUUAUUCUCGUUCGUAUCGCCACUGCAGGUCGCGCCCUCGCCGGGAGUGGUCUCGGCCACCCUGCUGGCUGAGACGGCCCUGGGUCUGAGGACCCUUGUAGCAACUCGUGGAACUCCUGUUGACGUUGUCGGCGCCACCGCGUCAGUGGCAAUGAAGAGGGUGGAGGAGUAUGAGCUAGAGGAGCUGAGGGACAGCAAGAUGCCAGUGGUCACUGAGGAGGCCUUAGUGGACUUUGCUGACCUGGCUCUGGACUGCAUCAAGUCUCCCGGCACACGGCGACCCACCAUGAAGGAUGUGGCAUACCGCCUCACUGCCUUCAUUGCCAAGCACUGCCCCGACAGGGAGGACGAGUGGGAAAGUGUCGCGAGAGACGACAGUGCAAGCAACGAGGGUGUGUCUUCCAGGGAUGUUUCUGGUUUGUCGUUUGGAGAUGGUGGGAGGGAGCCCAAGGGGUCUUAUGGCUCACAGUCUGGUGUGAGCUCAUUCUUGCUUGGCUCGAUGGGUGAUGGCGUCCGGAGUUGGCUGCAAUCGAAGCCAACCAAAGGGCGUUGA